AUGGAGGGGCGCAAACGCUACUGCUGGGUACCCGGGAAAGAGAGGACACAGAUAGAAAAGCAAGCACGCCGCACAGGCCAGGCCCGAGAGUUCAAGAACAAACUGUGUAGAUUUUUCCCUAGUGAAAGGCUACCGAGAAUUGUGCACGAUGGCCAGACAGCACAGAGAAGACAGCAGGUCAAAAGGAGGGAACAGAUGCAAAUCAAAGACCACCAGGAGCGCAUGCUCCGAGGGCGGGAACUGAUAGAGCAGAGGCUCAAGGAGAGACUCCUGAGGAGAAGCCACGACCAGCUCCCUUCACUAGAGAAGCUCGAGAGAGUGAAGAAGGAGGUGAAGGACUUUGAAAGGGCUAACCCACAUCCGCUUCUGGAGCUGCAAAGUAAGAGUCUAAUUAAGCUGGAAAGUCUGAUCGAGAAGUCUCAGGAGGGAGAGCAAGUGAGAACGGUUAGAACGCCUCGCCAGAAGAAACUCCUAGCCUUGCCACCCUUUUUCCAAAGUCAGAUACGAAACAUCAAAGAUCAGUAA